UUUCCGGUUCCCCCCGUCCCGCCUCUUGGCUCCAGGCUGGGGCGCUCGUUCCUCACCGCCGGCCUCAGUCCAGUUGCGGAGCCUCUUUCUGUGUUCCGGUCAGCUCCUGGGGGAAGAGCGGACAGAAUGACCCCCUUCCCGGUGUAGUUUGGCUCUUCCUGUCGGAGCAGAGCGAGCACCUGUCGGAAUGAGGAGCCGAAGCAACUCCGGCGUGAAGCUGGACAACUAUGCCCGGAUCGUCCAGCAGACCAUCCUGCAGCACCAGGAUCCAGUAACGGGUCUCCUUCCGGGCAGCUUGGAGCAGCCAGAUGCAUGGGUGAGGGACAACGUCUACAGCAUCGUCUCAGUGUGGGCCCUCAGCCUGGCCUACAGGAAAAAUGCCGACCGGGACGAGGACAAGGCCAAGGCCUACGAGCUGGAGCAGAGUGUGGUGAAGCUCAUGAGAGGUGUCCUCCAGUGCAUUAUGAGACAGCUAGACAAAGUGGAGAAGUUCAAAUACAGCCGAAGUACCAAGGACUCACUUCACGCCAAGUACAACCCACGCACCUGUGCUACAGUGGUCGGGGACCACCAGUGGGGUCACCUGCAGGUGGACGCAACCUCGCUCUUCCUGCUCUUCCUCGCUCAGAUGACGGCAUCCGGUCUGCACAUCAUCUACACGCAGGAUGAGGUGGACGUCGUUCAGAACCUCAUGUUCUACAUCGAGGCAGCUUACAAAGUGGCUGAUUAUGGGAUGUGGGAGAGGGGGGACAAAACCAACCAGGGCAUCACAGAGAUCAAUGCCAGCUCCAUCGGCAUGGCCAAGGCGGCUCUGGAGGCCCUGGACGAACUCAACCUGUUUGGAGCUAAGGGAGGACCGGGAUCUGUGGUCCACGCUCUGGCUGAUGACAUCCAGCACUGCCAGUCCAUCCUCACAUCCAUGUUACCCAAAGCUUCCAUCUCUAAAGAGGUGGAUGCCGGAGUUUUGGCUAUUCUUACCUACCCCGCCUUCGCCGUGGAGGACAUGAGCAUCGUCACCAUGACCAAGGAGGAGAUCAUCUCCAAGCUGCAGGGUCGGUACGGCUGUUGCAGGUUUCUCAGGGACGGACAUAAAACACCCAAAGAGGAUCCCAACCGCCUGUACUACGAGUCUGCAGAGCUGAAGCUGUUCGAGAACAUCGAGUGUGAGUGGCCUCUCUUCUGGACGUACCUCAUUCUGGACGGCAUAUUCAGCAACAGUCAUGAACAGGUGCAGGAGUACCAGGAGGCGCUGGAGGGCAUCCUCAUCAAGCAGAAGGAUGGCAUACGACUGUUUCCAGAGCUCUACAGCGUUCCUCCAGAUAAGGUGGAAGAGGAAUACAUGAACCCCCACACAGUGGAGAGGAUCCCGAUGGGGAAAUGUCCCCUGAAAUGGGGCCAGUCCCUUUAUGUUCUGGGGAGACUCUUAUCCGAGGGGUUUCUUGCUCCUGGUGAGAUUGACCCUCUUAACCGCCGUUUCUCCACCGUGCCCAAGCCGGACGUGGUCGUUCAGGUUUCCAUUUUGGCUGAAACAGAUGAGAUUAAGGAGCUUUUGCUGAAGAACGGCUUCGAGGUGGAAACCAUCGCAGACAUCCACCCCUUUCAUGUGCAGCCCUCCAGAGUCCUCAGCCACAUCUAUGCUAGGCUCGGACGUAACCCAAGGCUGGGCCUGACGGGACGGCCCUACAGGAGAAUCGGAGUUCUGGGAACCUCAAAGUUCUACAUCAUCAGAAACACCAUCUUCACAUUCACUCCACAGUUCAUCGACCACCAGCAGUUCUACCUGGCUCUGGACAACAAAAUGAUCGUAGAGAUGUUGAGGACAGAAAUCGCCUACCUGUCCUCCAGGUGGAGGAUAACCGGACGGCCGACGGUCACCUUCCCCGUCUCUCAAACCAUGCUGACUGAAGACCGCACAGAUCUGGACCCGGCUGUCCUGGCGACGCUGAAGAAGCUACAGGAUGGGUAUUUUGGAGGAGCCAGGAUCCAGACGGGAAAGCUGUCAGAGUUCCUGACCACCUCCUGCUGCGCUCACCUGAGCUUCCUGGAUGGUAAGCGCUUCGGCAGCAUGGGUUCCCACGCCGAAGAGUAUGACCAUGAUGAUGCCAGCGAUGGAUAUGUGCAUGAGUUGCAUUGUGAUGAUGAGGCAGACGACCUUGCUCAGUACUUGGAUCACCUCCUGGCUCACUCUGCUUCUAAGAAGCAGAAGUCCAGCGCUGAAGGUGUGGGCCGAUUCAAAGCUGUUGCUACAAGAACCAGGGAGAUGGUCUCUUUGAUGAACAAGGCUCAGGAUCUUAACAUCCACAACAUUGGCAUGUACCUUCCCAACAAGCUGUUUCGUACUCGUCAUCCAUCGCUCAAUCUGAACCUUCCAGACAGUACUGUCCACGAAGAAGCUCAGGCACCAGAGGUGUCCAUCACCACAGAAAGUAGCCUCCCCAGAGAUGCCAGCGGCGCCAUCGACUACAGUGCUUUGGUCCAGCUGCUGAAAGACAGUGGGAACAUCCAGGACCAGGCAGAUAUUCUCUACAUCCUCUUCAAAGACAAGGGGAUGGACUGGGACACACACCUUCAUGGGAGGGGCUCCACUGUCCGGUCUCUGCUCAGCAACCUUUACGAGAAGGCUGGUGACCUCAAACACUGGGGCCUGAUCCGGAUGAUCUCUGGGAUGCUGAAGAAGAAGGUGGAAGAGCUCGACUCGGCCUGCUCUGACCUGCUGGCUCACCAGAAGCACCUGACAGUAGGUCUGCCUCCAGAACCCAGGGAGAAAACCAUCACGGCGCCCAUCCCUCCAGACCAGCUGGCUGCCCUCAUCGAUGAGGCCAGCGAUGGCAACAUCAGUGUUGCCAUCCUCACACAGGAGAUCAUGGUGUUCCUGGCCAUGAGCAUCCGCACGCAGCCCAGUCUGUUCAGCGAGAUGUUCAGGCUCCGGAUCGGCCUCAUCAUUCAAGUCAUGGCCACAGAACUGGCUCAGUCCCUCAACUGCUCUGGUGACGAGGCCACAGAGAGUCUGAUGAGUCUGAGUCCGUCAGAGCUGAAGAACCUGCUCCACCACAUCCUCAGUGGGAAAGAGUUUGGCGUGGAGCGCAGCGUCAGAGAGGGAGAUGAUGGCAUCAGUCCUGCCAUCUCCAUCCACCACCUGGGGAACGUUGGCGCCACCAAGAGUGAGAGAGCGGGCAUCAGCAAGCUGAAGAGCGACAUAAAGAUGGGCGUUCAAAGUCCGUCGCUGGAUAUGGAAAAUGUGGAAUCGGGGAGGUACCGGCUGCCGUCCAUAGAGUCUCUGGACAUUUCGGACAGCAUUCCUACCAUCAAGGACACCAGACAUGGACAGUGGCUGCGCAGGAGACGGCUGGACGGCGCGCUGAACCGAGUUCCUGUGGGCUUCUACCAGAAAGUGUGGAGGAUCCUGCAGAAGUGCCACGGUCUGUCCAUCGAGGGCUUUGUUCUUCCAUCAUCCACCACCAGAGAGAUGACCCCCGCAGAAAUCAAGUUCUCAGUUCACGUGGAAACCGUUCUGAACCGCGUCCCCCAGCCCGAGUACCGGCAGCUGCUGGUGGAAGCCAUUCUGGUCCUCACCAUGCUGGCCGACGUGGACAUCCCAAGCAUCGGCUCCAUCAUCCAUGUGGAGAAGAUCGUCCAUUUGGCCAACGAUAUGUUCUACAAAGAUCAGAAGGACCUGGGGGCCGAGGGGCACAUCCUAGAAAAAGAUCCGUCCACGGGAGUGUGCCGACUCCUGUAUGACAGCGCCCCCAGUGGUCGCUUUGGAAGCAUGACCUACCUGACCAAGGCGGUGGCGGCUUAUGUACAGGACUUCCUGCCUAGCGGGGCGUGUGCCGUGCAGUGAGGAAGCUGAAGCAGCAGCGGUUUCACAUGGGGGGGGUUUGAAUGUUUUCAGUUUCAGGAGCGCAUGUCACAAAUAUUGCACAUUACCAUCUUCUGCUCCUACGUCUGAAGUCUUACAGAAGCUAAAGAGAAAAGUCUCCUCUUUUGUCCUUUCUUCACUAAUGGAAUCUCUAAAUGAUGUGACUUCACAAAGACAGCAGUUCUUUUGUCAGAUGGGACUGAUCAGUGGAGAGUUCAAAAAGUUUAUAUUAGCUGUUUCUAUGUUUUUUAGGCUUACCUGCUGUGAUGAUGGACAGGUUUUCACCUGCGCUGCAGAAAAGAUCUUCAUUUUUUUGAUGGAUUUUUUUCAGUGUUUUUGCAUGGAAGCUAAGCUUCUAAAGUGAACUUUAUGGAUUUAUUAUUGUUUUACUUUAGCGCUCCCUACAGGCUGAACUGUAAACAGGCCAUUCUGCAGAGAAUAAAGUGAAUGUUGAAGAAAA